AUGCACGCGGGGACGCCCUCGGCCGAGGGCGCGCACGCGCUGCUGUGCGUCGCGCUCGCGUGCGUGAUGAGCGCGCGAACGUUUCGCGACGCGCUCGCGCGCGACGCGCGCGACGCGACGCCGCGGGCGCGAGAGGCGCGCGCGUGGGUCGCGGGAGGGGUGCUGUGUGUGUUCACAGUGAGCUAUUGGAUUUUGGCGCGCGGAGAAGGCGCCGCGGCGAAAGCGCGGGCGCCGGGAACGGCGGCGCACGUCGCGUGGACGCUCGCGCCGUCGAACGCGAUGUAUGUGAUCGCGAUGGCGCGACGAGGGGGGAUGACGCGGCGAGGGACGGCGUACAUGGUGAGCGGCGCGUGCGCGAGCGCCGUCGGCGCGAUUACGGGACGGCGAAGCGCGGGACGAAUGGCGGCGCUGUGCGCGGGAUUCGCGACGACGAGGACGGGAGAGGGAGAUUGGCGCGCGUUCGGGAUUGCGAUGACGUGGUACGUCGCGCUGAGGUUGUGCGUGGAGGAUGGGGAGGAGGUGUAUUUUGUGAACUGGGCGGGGACGAUUUUGUGCGAGACGGCGGCGCUCGCCAUGGUCAAGUUCGGCAAGUUCGGCAAGUUCGGCGGCGCGGGGAAGCGCGCGGGCGGUCUCGCUUCGGGUGGAGUCGAGACGAAGAAGGCGCGGUAG